GCAUCCAGAGCACGGACGGUCAGCAUGUCUCUGCCGGUCCAGUUUCACUUCGGCGUCCGAAGAACCAGAGAGCUGCGAGAGCUGCUGGAAGACGAGGACAAAAUAACUCACAUGGCCAGGAGCAGUGAAAAGUUUCAGAGGCUCCAGCAGGCUGCGCAAAAGAUACGGAUUUCAAAUCAAAAGCUGGCCAAAGUCAAUCUUACCCAGAAACCCAAAUUUAGAGAUGCAAAGCUGCUGCUUGCAGUGAAGUACAGGGAGCUGAAGAAACUCAGAAGCAUCAUUCAGGCCAAACAAGAUCAACUCGCAGAAAAAUACAGUGUUCAUUAUGCUCACUGGUGUCUCCUGAACAAGAUCAGACAUGCAGAGGAGGAGUCUGAGCUACUGUUUCAGAGGUUUACAGAUGGAAAGACAGCAAUACAAGAUUUUUUGGAGCUCUUUGUCAGCUCCCAGAAACUCCACCACAUCAGGUUGGUCCUGGUGAAGAAACUGCUGGAGAUAAUCAGAAAUGAAACAAAAACAGCACAAAGGCUCAGUGAGGAUCACUAUUUGUCUCUGGGCCUUCCUGAGCAAGUCAGUUUGACCACAGCUGCUGUCUUACCUCCAUUCCUACUGGUGCUUGGCGCCCACAUAAACACUGUCCCCUGUAUCCAGCCUUCGCUGUUUUGCUCUGAUGAGGAUGAGCUCCUUCAAAUGGGAGUGCACCUCCGAGGCCGCAAACCCAUCCGUCUUCAGCCACUGAACAUGCAGCUGAGGAGGCACCAACAAGCACCGCACUGAAGUCAUGGAUUUUUAAUCAAAUUUAGUCUGGAUUAAUGUGUUUGUUGUAAUAAAUAAAUAAAUAAAUACAAUAAAUAAAUAUUGAAAAGCAGUAAAGCAUGGGUAGAAGAAUAUAUUCAGUUAUAUCAGAAAAAAACUCAGCAGGUUUAUUGUUUAUUCUGCAGAAAGGGGUUCUUUGGGGGACUAGACCACUAGUUAACUGGGCAGGGACCAGAAUUAGUUAAUUUUCAGUUUGUUUGGACUGAUGACUGACCAGCCACUUAAAUCACCCUCAACAAACUUAACAUGGACAUUUUAAAGAAGCUACCAAAUGCAAAGUGACUAAAGAUAAAGCGUUUCAUAGCUCAGAGUUUUAUUUGGGUUUUUUUGUUUGUUUGUUUGUUUGUUUGUUUGGGGGGGGAGGGGAAUCAUCCAACUCCCCUCAGAAACAGUUCCUAAUGUAUUUACUCUACUGCCUCACAACUCUAUAGAGACCUUGAAAUCCUGAAAGGUAGCGUUUUAUUUUCUUUUUUAAAUCUUUUGCACACCAGAUCUGUGUCUUUAACUCACAGCCAGCACAUAAUGGAUACCACUCAGCUGUCAAUGCUAGUGUCAUUAGUGGAAUAUUAUGGGAUAACACUCUUGCUGACCUUACGCAAAGGUAUCUUUUGAAGCACUUUUUAAGUGAUGUUGAUGACAGUUCUGUGUCUUGAGUAUAGACGCUGCAAGAGUUUCACUGCAUGAAAUUACAAGGUGAAACUAACUUGAUUUCCCUAGUUCUCUAAAUACACCUGAGGUCGUUAUUGAUGUAUAGGACUCUGUCUGGAGGGCAAAAUUCAACUCAUCUAGCUGACUUCUUUUCUAUUCAUUUAAAGGUGGCUGUGUGCAUCUGAAGUCAUUAGAAAGGCAUAUGAACCAUGCCCCGUUUACUUUUUCUAAAGUUUUGUUUUGCUUGCACAUGAUACAUGAUUUCAGGUGAUCGAUAUGGAGGUUGUUUCCACAACUGAAAAAAAUGCCAUUCAUAAUGAAAAAUUUCAAGUUUUAUUCAUUCAGUGCUGGAAACAAGUGUCCAUAGAACCAUACACUGCAGAUAUACUAUUUUAACAUAGUAAACCCCACCAACAAUAACAGGAGGAAAAAUGGUAAUUUACAGUAGCAGAUGAUACACAAACACAGUUUCAUUUUCUCUCUAGGAGCAAAUACCUGAACUAAAUGCUUCUGAGCUUUUAACCUGUUUAAAUAAGAAGGCAGUGGAUGUUGGCAUGUAACCAAAUCAAUGCAAAGGACACCAGGAAGUUUGUUUUUUUGUUUCCAAGUAACAAACUUUGAUCAUUUGGAUUACAGAGUUUUAACUUAAGGUGAUUUUACUGUAAACGCUGUCAGUAAUUAUAAACUGGUUAGAACACAGUAAUGUUUUCUCUGUGGUGAACUUGAACUGCUCACUGACACUCGACACCUGCAGCCAUUUAUGCCCAGAGACUCCUGCCAAGGUCAGAGAAGGAGCACAAACAACGUUUCCUUCAUGAUGAUGUCCACGCUCAAAGUCUUUUGAUAAAAGACCAACGAGUCCAUGUCCUGCUUUGGCUCAACAUGGACUCGCCUGAGCAGACAUUAGGGUUAGCCAGGGUGCCAUGUGGUCCACCACACUUUGCCAUACCAGUUCAGCCAUGGAGAUGAUUAGCAAGGUGGACCAUGUAUACGGGCUUUUGUUCCAGCACAGACUUCAGUUUCAUCUUUGUCAGCAGCGUCUUUUGUCCUGCAAGACUCAAACUGGGCAAUUUUCUUGUCUGUCAGCUGGUUGUUUUGUGCUGUUCACCUCCGUGUCUCUGCAUUGUUUGGCAGGAAACUCGAUUAUGUUUGAAUAUGUGGAUACUUUUGUUAAUAAGCUUGUAUACACACCAAGAAUGAUACAAAUGGCAUAAGAAAGAUGAACUAUCAUGAAAUAUUUGUUGGAGCUUGCAUCCUCUAGCCUGAAAAGUCUUUUACAGGCUUGAAUCUCACACUCUCACACUCUGUAUUGUUUCCCUGAAAGGUCUCAUGGGGGAUUAUACAGAAGAGUAUCUGUAACAGCAUCCUGUAGUACAGCAGGUAUAUAGUAACACAUGAUGAGGUUCAUUGUGUAUGUGUGUGGGUCAACAUUUGGCCCCCUAUAGAAAAUUUUGUCCUUUUACUUACUGCCUUCUUAUUUCAUUUACAUUUUAUUCAUAUUUUUAAAACUUUAAACAGGACAGUCCAGUCUGUCAAAGCAUAAACCAUACAUUAGACAUAAUUGACAGGCAUACAAGUGCAACAGACCAAGUGAACCAGUAUACUUAUACAUAGAGUCUAACUCACACACAGUCAACCUCGUAUAUGAGGUUAGAGAGAGGUUAAGAGAUAAAAAUGCCCUGACCCAGCAAUACAUUCGCUUAAAAAAAACAAAACAACAAAAGUCACAAAGCAAUAAUUUUACUCAAAAUACAGAAAAUAUAUGAGGCUUACAGGGAGUUUUCCCACAGUAGCUUAAACCCAGUGAGCAAACAUAUGCUAUGAGUGCUGUGUUCAAGUUUUCAAUGAAGACUGAGAAAUUUUAGAAAACAAAUAUUAUGUCGGAUUUAAUGUAACCCAUUUAAUCUCAUCUGUCACAAUACUGAUCUGAGUUAUAUAAGUUAUAAGUUAUAUAAGUUCUAAAAAUGUGGCAGAAUUAUAUAUCUAUGCAUUUUGAGCAGAAAUUGAAAUAAUAACACUUUAGCAUAACUUGGCAUAUGACCAGAGAAGAUGGUGGGUUCAAAGCCACCAAGCAAAAGAUUAUUGAACAUGGUAACUAAAAAGAGGCCUAUUUGUUUUGGUCAUCAUUAUCCAGCACCCACUGAGAAUGAGCGACUUAUUGCUGGAAUUGUGAAGCAGCAAACCAGAACAGUUUGCUCAACACCCUUACUCCUGAUUUACCUCCUACAAAACACAGGUAGACUGGGUGGGCAAAUGUCCAUGCACCUCAGGAUGAUAAAGAGCUGGCCCACCAUUACACAACCAGAAUGAAAGCUGUUGUUCCUCCUGAAUCUGCGGUUAUAAUAAACAAUUUGCCCUUUUCUCUAGUAUCCAGGAACAGGCCUUUCUGAAGAGUGUGAGUAGAGUAUACAUGUUAUCUCAGUUUUUUCAAUCAUGGCCUAACAUAAAACAAACAUUUCUACCUUAUCCAUGAAAUAAAAUAAAAAUAAAAAUAGGAGCUGCUCAUUCCAAAAGGUGACAUAUGACCUGGUUAUUUGUAUGCUUUGGAAAAAUUCAGUAUGAAAUGGGAUAACUACUCUGGGCUACAUAUUUACAUACAUUUGCACUUCCUGUAUUCUUUUUUACAGCCUCAGAAACAUGUUCGACCUGUUCUAUCAGUAUAUAUCCAACAGUCAUUUGUUAUUUUACACAUCUAAAUUCAGCUUUGUGCUUCUCCAUUCAUGCGUGUAUUACUACACUUGGAAGCAAAUGCACUGAAUGCAUAAACUUGCCUAAGAAAGAUACAACUUAAAGAAUGCACUGUGGGCAUUUUGUCUUGUGCGUCUGUUCAAGUGUGCCAGUAAACAUUAACAUCCCUCGUGUGAAAAGAGGGCUUUUGGAGAUAUAAGAAAAGAAUUAUUAAAUAUUUAAAUAAAUGUUUUAAAAAUAAAAAU